UGAGAAUGAUUUGGACCGACAAAGUAUUUAAAAGCAAAUGAUAAAUAAAUAAAUAAAACAGAAUUGCUUGCAUCCCAGGUUUCAAAUCCAGGGAAAGAGAGAAGAGCAAAGACACAGAGUAAGCAAUGAAAUUUCCAAAUUCCCAAUUGUUUUUUCCACUCUUCUUCUUCUUCUUCUUCGCCUUUACUCCCUUUCGCGCUUUAGGGCAGCAAACGGAUUGGAACAGCGAAGAGACUCAACAUGGAAAUGGGGUUCGCCGCAGAGUUCUUCUGAGUUUCAAAGAAAAGCCCUCAGGAAGUAACGUUACCUUUGAAUGUGCUCCUUCGGGUCCCUGUGUCCCCUGCCUCUACUCUGAGAAGGGUGAUGAGAAAUAUCGGUGCAGUGAGACUGGCUACCGAAUUCCAUUCAAAUGUGUAGAGAUUAAAGACUCAACGAAGGAUGCAAAGAAAACAAAGUCUCAAAAAGGUCGGUUGUCUUUGGAAAUUUCUGAUGGUAUUGCAGAAUCUCAUAUAGUGUCACAUGUUGCUGGAGAAAUCAAUCCUUCACAAUCACAUAGAAGAUUAGUGGAUGAUUCAUUGUCUUCAGAUAAUAGUUCACAGGCUUAUAUCACUUAUAGAAGCUGUAUAACCCCAGUUAAUGAAGAAAAGUUGUCAUUGCUUAACUUUGAGGGGUUGGUGAUUUUUUUGUUACUAAUCAGUGGAUCAAUCAUAUACUUGAGAAAAAAAAAGGCUGCAUCCAUGUCUGGUUAUGUAGCAGGAAGGGGUCAAAACAACUCUCGAUUCUGAAAUUGACGCCUAAUGAAUGAUGACAUUUGUACUCCAUAUUGAUUGUAAUAUAGCCCUAAUGUUGGUAUUUAGUGGUCUCCUUUGUAUUUUUGUAGUGAUUUAAAUGUAGUAUAGUUUUACUGGCCUACGGCAUCUUUUGCUCUUAUCAAGUCAUGGAUGGACCACGUUAGUCAUUAUUAUUUAUUGUAUUUUGAGGCCAUAUAGUUUGGGUCAAUUUUGGCUAAUUUAUUGGAAGAUAGGAUUUUUAGGAUUUUAUUUUUUUCAUCAAAUCAGAACUUGUCUUGUAUAAGUAUUUUAUAUUUAUUUUUAUGUCUUCUCAAAUGUUAUUGUCAA